AUGAAUUUAAACAACUUUGUGGUACUUCCCAGCAAGCCCAAGUCAAUGAAGUUAAAUGUCAGGAAUCUCUGGGAACUGCGUAUGGAAACAGUGCAGCUGGAUCAACAUGCCAAGGAGAUGGAGAGCAGACUGGAGGAGCUCAGACAGUGUAUGAACCAGGAGAAAGAGGAGAGGGAGAGGAUGAAAGCUUCUUACUGGCGUUCAGCACAGCCCAGGAUUCAGAGUGCCAAGACGAACAAGGAGGACCUCUCUCCGGGCAAGAUGAAGAUUAGAGUGCUGAAGGACGAGCUUGUGCCAGCAGUGCAGAAGCAGGUAAUACUGGAACCUGCCGCCAAGGAACAUGGCACUAACAGGAAGCUCAACCUGAGGGGAAAAGUCUGUGGACAGUGUGAAGUUCAACUGUCUGGACUGAUAUGUGCAGAAUGCGGAGAGGAUUCUUGUGUGGGCUGCUUCGUCAGAUUCCACCAGAAGGGGGCACUGAAGGGCCAUCGUAUGGUUCCUGCACAGGCAGAGCUCCAGACCCCUGUCAGCACUCGGGAUGUUUUGGGCCGCCUCCAGCAGCAGGUAAGCGGCGAGAAGAAUCAACAUACACAAGGUGUAUCCCACAAACCUGCUGAUGAAAGUGAAGCCACAGAGAAAAUCUCAGCUCCUAGGAGCCUUCAGCCCAUGUCUGAUAACCAAAUACACCGUGUCUCGCCUCAGGUGUUGUCCGUGAAUGACGGUGUUGAUGUGGAGGAUGAGGAGGCUGCUGAGGAAGAGGACUGCUCUCUGCUGAGAGGAGGCUUUGAUGGAGAGGAGUCAGCCAGGUCCUUCCAGGAGGCUCUGAAAGAGUGGAGAGAGGAGUACUUGAUUGGUUUCUCUUUCUCUCCAGUGCCUGUGAUGGAAACACAAACAGAGAAAGGAUUCCAGCAGUUAAUUCAUGUGGAGUUCAAGGAGGACACUUUGAGCUACAUAGAGAAACUCCUUAAAAAACACUGCAGGUUAGUGCUUGACACCUCGCACUUUAUAACCGAACAGACACACAUUGAAUAA